AUGUCGGGCCCCGGGCCGCGGGAGCCGCCGCAGGCGCAGGCGGGCGGGCCGGCGGGCCCCGAGGGCGCGGACGCGGCGCUGGGCGAGGCGGGGCUGAGCUUCACGACCACCGACCUGAGCCUGGUGGAGAUGACGGAGGUCGAGUACACGCAGCUGCAGCACAUCCUCUACUCGCACAUGGAGGCGGCGGCCGAGGGCGAGCUCGAGACGCGCCUCAACUCGGCCUUCCUGGCGGCGGGCGGCGCGGCGGCGGCGGGGGGCGCGGCGGCGGCGGGCGGCGGCGCGGCGCCCGUGUACCCGCUGCUGUGCCCGCCCGCGCUGGCCGACGGCGGCUUCGCGGGCGCCAACCCGUGCCUGGGCCACAUCGACUUCCAGGAGCUGCGCAUGAUGCUGCUGAGCGAGGCGGGCGCGCCCCCCGCCGCCGCCGCCGCCGCCGAGAAGACGCCGGGCGCCGACGCCCCGGGCCCGGGCGCGGCGCGGCCCAAGGCGCCCGACGCCGCCGGCAAGGAGAACGCGGCGGCCGCCGAGGGCGCGUCCGAGGCGCGGGCCAAGUCGGCGGUGCGCGUCCGCCUGGAGGACCGCUUCAACAGCAUCCCCGCCGAGCCGCCGCCCGCCCCGCGCGGCGCCGAGCCCCCCGAGCCCGGCGUGGCGCUCAACAAUUUGGUGACCCUGAUUCGACAUCCAUCCGAGUUAAUGAACGUUCCUCUUCACCAGCAACAGAACAAAUGCACGACGUUAGUGAAAAAUAAGACGGCCGCCGCGGCCACUACUCUGCAGCUCACCUACCCCCUGUUUACCUCCAACGCCUGCUCCUCUGCGGGAGGCGCCAACCUGUCCCAGGCGCAGAGUUCUAGUAACUCCUGUGCUAUACUGGAGGCUGCCAAACAUCAGGAUAUCGGGUUGCCCAGAGCCUUUUCUUUCUGUUAUCAACAAGAAAUUGAAUCCACGAAGCAGACUUUAGGUGGUAGAAACAAAGCUUUGCCCGAGCAGGUUUGGAUUAAAGUGGGAGAAGAAGCGCUGUGCAAACAAGCCAUAAAUAAGAGGAAUCGGAGCAGGAUCCGUCAGUUGGACACGAGUGUGGAGCGGAGAGCCCUCGGAGAGAUUCAGAACACAGGCGAAGGGGCCCCCGCUGCCCAGGGCUCCUGGCAGCCUGCAGAGUCAUCGCAGUCCCACCUCGGGGAGCAGGCCCAGAGCGCCCCGGGUGGAAGGUCACAGCGCAGGGAGAGGCACAACCGCAUGGAGAGGGACAGAAGGCGCAGAAUCCGCAUCUGCUGUGACGAGCUGAAUCUCUUGGUCCCGUUCUGCAACGCUGAGACGGACAAGGCCACGACCCUGCAGUGGACCACCGCCUUCCUGAAGUACAUCCAGGAGCGCCACGGAGACGCCCUGAAGAAGGAAUUUGAGAGCGUGUUUUGCGGAAAAACUGGCAGGAGGCUAAAGCUGACCAGACCGGACUCCCUGGUGACGUGUCCCACGCAGGAAAGUCUACAGAACAGCCCUGCCGUGGAGAUCAAGUGACGGGACUGGACACUGACCCCUGGGAAGCGAGCGGCCCCCCGGCCCGUCGGCCUGUCCGCAGCCCGGAGCCCUGCGCCCGGCCGCCAGCUCUCGGGCACGACUCAAGCUGGGACUCCAGUGGGGACUUUGAAAGCACAUUUUGUAAAAAUAUUUAUCUAGAACAAAAUAUAAAACAAAAUAUUUGUCCAUUAAUGUCCUCUUAGACCAUUGGGGAUGAAGACACCGUGACAAUUAGUAAUCUUUCAAUUAUCUGUCUGAUUCCAUCAUGUUUUCUUAACAUGAUAACUCAAAAAAUUAACAUCCUCUGCAAUUUCUUUAGUCUUACAAGACACACUGCUCUUUACUUAUUAUAUUUACAUUUAAAUAUGCCCCUUAGCAAUUGGAAAAGUCACAAUGUUCUUCACUAGAAGUAGUUUGGAAAUUUAUUUCGCUUGUUUAUCGCCUCCCCUUGCAAUGACUUCAGCCGCGUCGACCGCAUUGCAGAAUGUGGUCCUCGUCAGACCUUUUGCUAGAAAUUUCCAGAGACAUCCGUUAGAGCCCUUCACCCACAAUGAGACUGUUGUCACGGUGGCCUCACUUCACACUGAGAGUCAUUACUUUUUGUGUAAUAAACUGUAUUGUUUGGAACUGA